CUGAAGAGCGGAUGGGUUGAGUCGGCGGCGUUUUGCGAGUGUCGGCUUGACCGCAAUGAAACUACAGGAUUUUAUGUAUCAUAAACACGAUAUGAGCGUCCAGCUAAUUGACUCACCAAAAAGCUGUUACAUUUGUAGCUAUUACUAUUAAGACAAUGCUACAUUGCUGACUUCUCUGUUUUGUUGCGGAGUUCCCAACCACGUAAACUUCAUCCGUGACAGUUAAAUUCAAACAGUUGUCAGUCAUCGGAUCCAGAAUUUAACCGGAAUGGAGGCAGAUAAUUGCCCUGCUGGAAACAAGGAGAAACAAACAAUUUCCUCACCUUCAGCUCAACAGGAGAACACUGCUUGUGGUGGACCUGCUGUAGGUGAGCCAGACAGCCAAAGCCAGUCCUCUAGAGCUGCUUCCAAGGCUUCCUACCCUGAAUCGGAGGACCUGGACUCCUUUAACCUGAUAGAGCCCCCUCCUCUGGACUGGAGGUCAGAUGACUCUAGUGAAGCAGGUUCAGUGGAAGAGAUGGAUGACCCCAGCUUCCCUCCCUCCUCGGUGCCUGUGGACAGUUCAGAGGACGGACUAGGUGAGUCCCUGCCUCCAAAGGACAGACUAGGUGAGACCCUAUCUGCAGGGGACGAACUAGGUGACUCCCUACCCCCCUUGGACAACAGUGACACUGCAGCUUCUUCUGUGGUAGUUAGCCAGGAGGAGCUAAUCGACUAUGCUGCUGAGGAUAACACCGCAACCGAACAGGUUCUGGAUCCUAGCGAAGAGGGAGGAGAGGUGGGGGAUGAGGUGGAGGAGAAGGUUGAGAUCAGGAGACCAGGUGACGAAGACCACACUCGGAUCCACCACCUGCUAAACCGACUCCAGGUCAUCAGAGAAAGCCCUCUCCCCGGGGACUCAACCUCUGACCCUACACCAUCAGCAUUCUCUGAGACCUCUGAAUUUGAGCCUCCGGGCCAAUCUCGGUUGACGGACAUCAGCUCAUUGCUACCAGACCCAGAGCAGAACCCGAAACAGGCCUCGGGGCUGCUUUUCUCAGAGAGUCACCAGAGAGACCUAUUAGGGCUGCUGAAGUGUACAGAGAUAGGGGCUCCCCAGCCCAGUUCAUCUGACAUCCAGGUUCCUCCUCACAUGGCCCGGAGAGGGGAGAUGGACGCGGUGGUGUCGGUCUCCUACAACCAGGAGGAUGGCGAAAGGUUCUGGGACCACUUUGGGAACGGCGAGCGGCUGCGACACAGGGAUGACUCCGUGGACUCUUUCCCGGAGGACGAGGUCCCAGAGCCCGUAUGGAUGAAGUUAGGGGAGGAGGCUCCGGAGGAGGUAGACUCCGCAGAGAACAGUCAGCGGGGCACAGAGGACCGCCCAGCCUAUAAAGAUGUGCCUGGCCCCUGUGACCCAGAUGACCUCCUGGAUGGGGUUAUAUUUGGGGCCAAGUACCUGGGCUCUACCCAGCUCAAGUCUGACAAGAACCCGUCCACCAUUGCUCGAAUGAAACAGGCCCAGGAGGCUGUGGAUAGGAUCAAAGCCCCAGAGGGAGAGUCUCAGCCUAUGACCGAGGUGGAUCUCUUCAUCUCCACUCAGCGCAUCAAAGUCCUCAGCACAGACACACAGGAGACCAUGAUGGACCACCCUCUCCAGAUGAUCUCCUACAUCGCAGACAUCGGCAGCAUCGUGGUCCUGAUGGCCCGCAGGAAGCCGGCCGGGGGGCGUAAGGGCCAGGAGGGGAACCCUGCUGGGGCCAACUCCCCCAGGCCACAGAAAAAGUGCUGCAUGAUCUGCCAUGUGUUCAACUCUGACGAUGCCCAAGUGAUUGCUCAGGCGAUUGGCCAGGCCUUUGGUGUGGCCUACCAGCAGUUCCUCCACGCCAACGGCAUCAAGGCCAGUGAGCUGAGGCCCAGCGAGUACAGUGACUACCUGGGGACACAGGAGCACUACAAUGGAGACCUGGUGCACUUCUCGGAUUCAGAUAACAUCAGAGAGGUGUCCAUCUCCAAGGCUCCCGGGGAGAUAGUGGGGGUGGCUGUGGUAGAGUCGGGCUGGGGCUCUAUCCUGCCCACGGUGGUGGUGGCCAACCUGCUCCACGGUGCUCCUGCAGAACGCUGCGGGGCCCUCAGCAUAGGAGACCGCAUCAUGUCAGUCAAUGGCACUAGCCUGGUGGGCCUCCCCAUAGCCACCUGCCAGAGUAUAAUACGGGAUUUUAAAAAACAAGCAGAGGUGAAGCUCAGUAUCGUCCACUGCCCUCCCGUCACCAUGGCAAUUAUCAAGCGACCGGACCCAACAUUUCAGUUGGGCUUCAGUGUGGAGGACGGGAUUAUCUGCAGUCUGAUGCGUGGAGGGAUCGCGGAGAGAGGGGGCAUCCGGGUCGGGCACCGCAUCAUUGAAAUCAAUGGGCAGAGUGUGGUAGCCACUCCUCACGAGAAGAUCAUCCACAUUUUGACUAACGCAGUCGGGGAGAUUCACUUGAAGACCAUGCCAGCCUCUACAUAUCGCCUUCUAACGGGACAAGAAACCCCAGUAUUUCUCUGAGAGAAUGGAGGAGAGAAUGCUGCUGCUUCUCUCAGAAGCAAACAAGGAAGAAUACAAUUUUGAAGCUAUACACAUGCACACUCGCAGCCUCAAAUUGGACUAUGCAAUUGUACUGUAUCACCUGGCUAUUGAUACACCACUGAACAUAAUGGGGUUAUCCACCUGUACAGAAUAUUUUAUGAUGUAUGUUGGAAUAUCAUGAUAAUACAGCAAAUGUUUUCAAAGAUAGAACUGUUAAUAAAACUUUAUAUUUA